CCGACAACCAAGCCAAAACAGAGUUCGUUUUUCUUUUUAUUGUAUUUGCCUGAGAAUUUGUUGUGUUUAUUAAAUUUCACUUGCGUGAUUAUAAACGGUGGCGAGUGCUUUGCUAACGACAUAUACGUGUUAUUAGUCAAUUAAACAUACUGUUAAGAAAUAUUUGGCGCAAUCAGCGACUGCAUCAUUAUUUGUGCAAGCAGGCCGCUGUGAACAGUGAAUGUAGUGCUGUUGUUGGUGGUGGAAAAUCGGCGCAGCAGAGUCUUAACAGCGUUAGUGACAGUUCAUUAGCAGAACCGACAAAACCGGCAGCAGUCGCAAAUAAUAGUCACAUCAUGAGCGGACGUUAUCGUGGUGGCAGCGGCGGGGGCGGCGGUCGUUACGGCAGUGGCGGUGGUUACGGACCAGGCCAUGGCGGCUACAACGACUAUGACAAUUAUCGUGGCGGCGGCGGCGGUAGUGGUGGUGGCGGCGGUGGCUACAACGACAACUUCGGCGGCGGAAAUAUGAAUCCCUUUAACAUGGGUCCGAACAUUUCGGGCAAUGAUUUGAUGCAGCUAAUGAGCGCCAUGGCCAGUAACUUUAAUAUGAACUCGCAUCCACCUCAGCCGCUGCGACAAAGUUGCGGCGAAUUGCGCAAUCACCACUGUGGCUUGUUUGUGGAACUUUCGGGCCGUCUGAUCAAAAAGCGCGUCAACCGCUUUGCCGAGUUACGCGAUCGCAAUGGCGGCGCUUGUCAGCUGGUCGUGCUAGAGGAUAAGCAUCCCCGUGUAGCGCGUCGCAUGAACAACAUGCCUGAGAACACAACCCUGACUAUUGUGGGUCUGGUGACGCGGCGACCACAGAAUUCUUGCAAUCAAACUAUGCCCACUGGUGAGAUUGAAGUGGAAGUGCAGGACAUUUUGAACAUACAUUUUCCGGCCACGGGCACCAAGCGUGCUGGAGACAAACGCACCUAUAGCACCAUGGCGCAACAGCAGCCGAACUUAGGCAUCACCAGCACGGAAUACAAGAUUGCGAAGAACGAGAAUAUAUUAAAGUAUUUCGAGAACCGCGAUCUAACAUGCAACGAUUUACGUCGAGAUGACGUGGGCAAGACCGUCACACUGGUGGGCUGGAUACCAUCAACAAAAAAUAAUAAAUUCUUGCAGCUUAAAGAUGGUUACGGACAAACCCAACUAAUGAUUGAGGAUCAAUCCCUAAUAGACACUUUUAUGUCCGCACCGGAACAGCAAGUUUUGCAAAUUGUGGGAAAAGUACUGUGCAGACCUAAAGCGAAUAUUAAUCUGAAAUAUGAUACCGGCGAGGUAGAGGUUAGCGUUACCAGCGUCAAGAUUCUGAGUCCCGAUGAUCCCUACGAUGGCCCCAUCAAGGCCAAGGAGAAGCAACAGAAGCUAUCCAUUGAUGAUCUCGAGGCUGAAAAUGCCAGUGCCAGUAAUGGCGAAGCAGCAGAAGAUGGCAAUGAAGCCAGCGCUGCCAAUGUGAGCGGAAACUCCAACGCAGAUCUGCGCGUUAAGGUUGCGGACACGAACAAAUUUGCCGAUCGCACACACAACUGUGGAGAAUUGACCUCCAAUGACAUAAAUGAGAAAGUCGUCGUAUGCGGCUGGUUGGAGUUUCAGCGCAUGAACAAAUUCUUCAUACUGCGAGAUGCCUACGGACAGACACAAGUGUUGCUAUUGGGCAGGACCAAGGGUCUGGAUGAGUAUUUGGAAACUGGUCUGCCUAUUGAGUCUGUUGUACGGGUAGAGGGCACUGUAAUACCAAGGCCAGCGUCAACUAUAAAUCCUAAAAUGAAAACGGGACACAUAGAAAUUGAGGCUGAUACGGUAACAGUGCUGAAUCCAGCCAAGAAGAAUUUGCCUUUUGAAAUAAGGAAGUUUAAUCGUGCAGGCGAAAGACUACGUCUUACACAUCGCUAUUUGGAUCUGCGUUUUAACGACAUGCAGCAUAACCUGCGCCUACGUUCCGCUGUUAUAAUGCGCAUGCGUGAAUAUCUCAUUAACUACUUGGGUUUUGUGGAGGUUGAGACACCGACACUUUUCAGGCGCACUCCUGGCGGUGCGCAGGAGUUUGUGGUGCCCACACGGAAGGCUGGCCACUUCUAUUCGCUCGUUCAGAGUCCACAGCAAUUCAAGCAAAUGCUUAUGAGUGGCGGCAUGGAUCGUUAUUUCCAAGUGGCGCGCUGCUAUCGCGACGAGGCCACCCGUCCGGAUCGUCAGCCCGAAUUCACACAAUUGGAUAUUGAGCUUUCGUUCACCAGUCGUGACGAUAUUAUGCAAUUGAUUGAGGAGACACUACGCUAUUCGUGGCCCAAACAUUUUCCCAAAUUGCAAACUCCUUUCCGGCGUAUCACCUAUGAGGAGGCCCUGGAGAAAUAUGGCACCGAUAAGCCCGACACUCGCUUUGGUUUUCUAUUGAACAAUGUGUCCGAGAUUAUUCAAAAGAGUGAGAACUUCAAGGGGAAAUACAAUGAUUUUUCCGCCUAUGCCAUCGUAGUGAGAGCUAGUGAAGCAUUUUGGAAUGGCUUAGCACGUAGACAUUAUGAGGGCCUAGGAAAUGACUUCAAGGGCACUCUCUUUGUGCACAAAUUCUCUUAUGGUAAGGAUGUAGUGGAUAGUUUAACAAAGCUGUUGGGCAGCGAUGUGGCUUCUGAAGUUAUUGAGAAAUUCGAUUUGGAGGAGAACGAUUUGCUUUUUAUGGGCAUAGGUCCCAAGCUAGAAACUCGCAGUCUAUUGGGUCGCAUUCGCCUGGACUAUCAAGAAUUUCUAGUUGAGCAGGCAAAGGCCAAGAAACCCAACGAUUACCGCUUCCUCUGGGUCAUAGAUUUCCCACUUUUUGAACGCAACAACGAAACAAAGCAAUUGGAAAGUGUCCAUCAUCCAUUCACUGCGCCACACAUUGAGGAUUUGGACAAAUUUGCCACCAGCUGUGACAAUUUGGAAACUAUACGUUCACAGGCAUAUGACCUGGUCCUUAAUGGACAGGAGGUGGGCGGUGGCUCGAUACGUAUACACGAUCGUGAUAUGCAACACUUUAUAUUGGAACAAGUACUGAAAAUACCCCACGAUCAUUUGUCACAUUUACUCAGCGCUCUGGAGUCAGGCUGCCCGCCUCACGGUGGCAUUGCUUUGGGACUGGAUCGCUUAAUAGCGAUAUUGUGCCGGGCUCGCUCAAUACGCGAUGUCAUUGCAUUCCCCAAAUCUUUAAAUGGACGUGAUCCGCUUUCCAAUGCGCCAGUUACCAUCUCCGAAGAAGAAAUGAAACUAUACCAUUUGGCAGUAGUGGAGGAUGAAAGCAAUACAAAUAGUAGUGCGCACGCGCAAGAGGACGAUGAUCCCGAUGCGGUGCGUGCACCCCCAUCGCCCAUGUCUGCCACCAGCGAUACCGAGCGUCCCCCAGUGGAUAUUGAGAUGAAAACUGAGGUUGAGGAUAUUGAACCUGAGCUACAUGAGUCCCAGUUAAAGCCGCAAGAUGUCAACACAACGGUGGCUGGAACGCCGGGUCGUUCCAAACGCGUUACCCGAAAGAAGCAGUAGAGCACAUAAUGAUUUUACGCAUUUGGUAGGCGGUAAAAUUACUUUUAAGUUCGGCAGUCAGGCUCUUGAUAGGCCAGUCAUCAAUAGAAGGAAGAAACAGCAGUUCAUCAUAAGACCAUUACACAAACAACUACAAACCGUAAGCCGCAAACCACAACAUUCUUUAGGCCACAUUAAAUUAUUUGGCAAUUUAAUGCAAUUUAUAUACAAACUAACUAUUGUAUUUAAAAUGUUUAAUUAUACAAAUCGCUUACAACAAUAUGA